AUGGCCACUCCAGUAGCCAACAAGGACAAGGCUGUGGCUGCUGGGUCAGAACCCGCACCAAAUGCACGCCCGCCUCGUGCUCCGCGACCUCCUAGGCCCAACUACAGACAGAUUCACCAGUUUCCUCUUCCGGUCAAUGUACAUCAUGUUCCUCCUGUAAUUCCUCAUAACCCUCUUUCUCUCAUAAGCGUUGCUCUCUCGUACCUCACGUUUCUUAUAUCUCCACCUCGUCGUCAAGAAGUCUACUCAGCCUACUUCGACCAAGCUACAUCGUCGUGUCAUGUCACAGAUGAGAAGGCUAUUAAAGCCUUGUGGCAGAUGGGAUUCUUCGGCAAGGGUAGUCUCAGUCGAAGUGAACCCAGCUGGUUGGCGCGAGAGAAAAAAAGAAGAGGGUUACAUGAUGGCAAGACCAGCGAGGAAAUUACAAGGCUGCGACGAACAGAACGUCGUGAACUGAAGCUAGAGCGUGCACGGAUGGAGAAGCUGGCGAUUGAGGAGAGGUUGAAGGCCGAGGCGGCUGCAAGAGAAUCUGGUACUUCUUUGUCGGUUGAUCAAGCCUCUCAGCCCUCUACAGAGGAUACCAGUAAUACCCCAGCGGUUGCAGCGGAAAAGUUCUCCCUGAAGAAGGCAAGAGAAGCUCGGGCGCUAGAGGCACGGCAGGCUCGAGAACUUGCAGCACAGAAUGCGGCCCUCGUUCAAGAAACCCAACCCGAGCACUCAUCUAACGACAAAUCAGUUCACUUCUCACCAGUCGUGCAAAAGCAAGAAUUCCAAACCACAUCACCCUCCACACUACCGCUACCUGACUCUGUCGUUGAUGGUCCCGAUUCAGAUGACUUCCCCAAUGAGGAGCAUCUUCAACUGUCCAAUGAAGAGGCAUUCUUCCUCGUCUACUCGCUCGGAGCCUUGCAGAUCUACGACGCGCCUUCGAAGUCGGGGGAAGACCAGUCAAACUCGCCAACUCCAAUCUCAGCCCUACUCCAACAAUUUUGUCACCAUUCUUUCCAACCUGCCCGUGACGGCUCCGCAUCCAUCCAGCCAGAUGAUCCCUUCAUGCUCUCUUACACUGUGUACCACCAUUUCCGAUCUCUCGGAUGGGUCAUCCGCUCCGGCGUGAAAUUCGGAACCGAUUACUUGCUUUACAACCGUGGUCCGGUCUUCUCACACGCCGAGUUCGCUGUCAUCGUCAUUCCCUCCUACAGUCACCCCUACUGGUCCGAGACGGAAGAACGCAAGAACUACACGGCGGAUAAGCAGGCUCGGAGUUGGUGGUGGCUGCACUGCGUGAAUCGUGUGCAGGCGCAGGUCUUGAAGAGCUUGGUCGUCUGCUAUGUCGAAGUGCCUCCACCUGCUGCUUCUAUUGAUGAUCUUGGAGCGCUGUUCGGUCAAUACAAAGUGCGCGAGUUCGUGAUCAAGAGAUGGACCCCGAACCGCACUCGUGAUUGA